AUGGAAUGCAAUAUGUUUGCUGCUAUCCUCGAGACGCCGGCGUCGGUAUUCGAGGCGACCGGACACCUCGGAGAUGCUCUACACGCCGUGGAAGAGAUCGUGCACACGAUGUACAACUUCCCUGCAUUCCAAGGUCGCAAUGCGCAGCUCGCGAGGGCGUUGCGGUGGGCUGCUAGACUGCUGCGAGCGGUUGAUCGCGCAGUUGAGGGAAGACCAAGCCGCACCGUUGGACGUAUGGAUUCAGCCGGGACUUCGUGA